AUGAAGUUGGUUACUCUCUUCCUGUUAGUGACCGUCGGCAUUUGCAGUUACACUGCUAAUGCCUUCUUCAUGAAUAGUUUGCCAAUCCCGGGCAGCAAUCUUUUACCCUCCUUACCUGUGGAAAAUAUUUUCUCCUUCUUGGAUCCAUUGAAGCUUGUUCUGAAAACACUGGGCAUUUCAGCCGAGCACCUUGUGGAAGGCUUAAGGAAGUGUGUGAACGAUUUGGGACCUGAGAGCUGUGAAGCUGUGAAGAAACUGCUGGAGGCCCUUUCACACUUAGUUUGA